ACAGUAUUCUCUUCUCCUCGCUACACACUUCCGCAAAACCUUUAAUUCAGAAUCUCAGAUUAAUUAAAAAAAGUGAUCAGACUGAGAAAUGGCUACUGCUACUUUAAGUGCAGCUGAUAAUGAGAAGAUCUCCAAGCUACAAUCUUCUGUUUCCGGUCUCAAUCAAAUCAGUGAAAAUGAGAAGGCUGGAUUCCUCAACCUCGUUACUCGCUAUCUCAGUGGUGAAGCUCAACACGUUGAAUGGAGUAAGAUCCAGACACCAACUGAUGAGGUGGUCGUGCCAUAUGAUACCUUAGCUCCUGUUCCUGAAGAUCAUGCAGAGACUAAAAAUCUGUUGAGCAAACUUGUGGUGUUAAAGCUUAAUGGAGGCUUAGGGACAACAAUGGGAUGCACUGGUCCAAAGUCUGUCAUUGAAGUUCGUAAUGGUUUGACAUUUCUGGACUUAAUUGUGAUCCAAAUUGAGACACUUAACAAGAAGUAUGGGUGCAGUGUUCCCCUGCUUUUAAUGAACUCUUUCAACACCCAUGAUGAUACAUUGAAGGUGAAAUAUAUCUGCAUCAGUUAUAUCCUAUUGAAAAUGAUUUUCCACAUUUAA